CGACAGAUAGCUAGUGUUAUUUCUAAGCAAGUUAGGUUUAUUUGUUAUUGUGUUGAUAUUUUAUUUUUUCUCGCGGCAUUCUGCAAUAAUUUCGAGACAAUGGAAAUGACGCUUGAAACUAUAGAAACAAAUGCCCAAAAACUUUUUGAAAGUUUUCAAAAUUCAUUGAGACUUAAAAUUGCUGAAAACCCGAGUUAUGCUGAAGAAGUUGCUGAUGCAGUAGUUGCUAGAUUAUUUGAAGAAAUUUUGAGAGAGACCACUGCUGAUGUACACAGAGCAAUCAAGUUAGGGUAUAGUAAUUUGCUUUUUGCAAAAACAUAUGAUCAUUCUUUAGAUGAAGUUGAUUUACCAUUUUACCCUGAAAAUGUUGAUAGCAAAACUGAAGAUAUUAAUUGUCCCAAGUGUCAUAAGUUAAUUCAUGCCUCUCGCUUUGCUCCACAUUUAGAAAGGUGUAUGCAGCAGGGAAGAAGUAGUUCUCGAAUUGCAAGCCAAAGAAUCGCUAAUAAUUCAAAAGAAUGUUCUUAUGGCAUGGGUUCUGAUGAAGAUGAUGAUUGGAAAGCUGAAAAGAGCAGAAGUGCGAAAAAAAUUGAUGGGAAGAAAAAGAAAGAUUCUGCUCGAAAACAGAAGCCAUGCAAGUCGGAUCUUUCAAAAAAUCAGAAAGAUGCAGGAAAUAAUAUCUCAGCCAAUAUUAAAGAUAUCUUUCAAUCUCCAAGUAAAUCAGGAAGAGAAAAUUAUGGCAAAAGUUCUAAAGAUCAGGAUCCUGAAGUAUGGAUAAGUCCAAACAAGGUAGCAUCAGGAAUUGAUAAGUCACUUAUUUUAUCUACAAGAUGUGGAGUAAAAUCUGAUCAUACAGGAAAGUACUGUGGCAGGUCUUUAAGAUGCCCCCUUCAUUCUGAUGCUGAUCGAGCUGUAGCAAGAAAAUUGUUGUCUGGUGAAAGUAUGGAUAUUGAUGUUGAAGAUGUUGAGUAUGCCAAACACGUAUUUAAUACUUUUUCACAACUAAACUUAACACCAUCAACUACAACUUCUAAAAAAAAGGAAAAACAAAAACAUGGCACACAAAAAUACUGAUAUAAGUAACACUAAACAAAAAUUCUUUGUUGGAAUGAAACUGUUAUUUAUAAUGGUUUCGAAGCAAAAGGUAUUUUUGUUUAGUGUUCAGAAAUAAUUUUUUCUAUAGUUGGUGUUAAUGACAACAAAUAUUUUUUUAUCAUAUUUUAUAAGCUAUCAUUUAUGUGGUUCUUUCUCUUCUUCAAUCUCUCUAGGCUCUGAUUUUAUUUGCAUUUCUUUAUAACUUAGUAUUUGUCACAGUUAGUUUUUUUUUUUCUUGAUUAGCAUGGAUAUUAAACAAAAAUGAAAAACAAGAUUGUAUUUAAUGUUCUCAACUCAGAAAACUUAUUAACAAUGUUUAUUUUAUUUAUGUAAUUACUUUUCAUAAUUGUAAAAUACAUAUGUUUGCUGCAUUUAUUUUC